AUGAUCGCUGCUAUGAGGCCUUCUCACGUUCACUCCACCGCACCCUCUGUACACUCUCGGCCAAGCUCGCGCAACUCCAACCACCUCAACUCCGCAUCUGUAGCCUCUCCCUCCACACAAGCCAAGAUGGACAAGCUGGCGGCAAAGGCUGCCACCAACGUCGCCAACGGCGUCUCUGGCAAGAAGGCUUCCGCUUCCAAGAAGGCCGACAAAGCGGCGCAACAGGCUGCCGCUAGCGCCGCCGACAAGCCCAACUCGACUCCCGGACUGAUCACCUUGACGAAGCCCAUGUCGGAGGAGAUGCAGGCGUCCAAGCAGUCAGGCGGCAACGCCAAGCCCAAGAGGGCUAAAGAGGCUAAAUUUGCGGCAGACGAGACGUCCGGCACUCCCAUCAAGUCGUCUCGAUCCAAGAAGUCGCGGUCGUCGCCCAAGGCCGACGCAUCUGAAAUGCUCCUCUCGAAAUCGGCCCCGUCCGCUCCCAUCAACCACGGUCAGCGAGCCACGCGCAGCAAAGCAGCCGACGCCGAGCCCACAGACGCCAACUCUGGCCUCACCUGGCAGCAGGAGAUGUUCAAGCAGGCCUCGCGUUCCAACUUGGAUCUGUCUCAACAGCCUAAUGGCUCAAAGCGUCAAGGCAAGAAGGCGGCGGUCCCCAAGCACGACGGUAACCUCGCCCAUCCUCAGAAGGUCCAGGACGGACGCGACUCGCCGGCUUUGACCUGGCAGCAGGAGCUGUUGGGUGCCAAGAAGCGAACCGGUCCUCACUUUGACGUCUUCGCCGACGCCCGUGAUGUCGAGACGUUCGGCGCCGAGGACGGCUCAGCUCCCAACACCACUCACCAGACGGGCAAAGGUGGCAAGAGGCGUCCUCGUGCUGGCAGCUUCGGCUCAGGAGGGCAGAAGAAUGGCAAAGGCGCCAAGAGCCGUCAAGCGGACGUGCCCCUUCACAUCGACGACCUCUUUGAAUCCGCCAACGGUAUGGCCAAAUCGAAGUCGUCGCAGUCUCAACGAAGCAACGCUGGCUCGGCCAACCACGCGACCAACCAGCACGCUCAAUACCCCAUGCACGGCGCCCCCAUCCACAUUGCUCCGUCCACGCCGGUCAAGAAGGCGACCAACGGCAAUCAGCAGCAUCCUGCUGUGGCCGCCGCCAUCGCCUACGCCGGUCCCAACUUCCACAACUCGCCUUCGCCCGCCAGCCUGCCUGCGCCCAAGUUCCACAACCGUCCGGGCAAGAACAGCGCCGAGCUGGAACGCGGCUCGCACCUCGCAGCCGGCAGCAGCGGAGACUCGGGCAGCAGCGACGACGAGACGGUGCUCACCCGUGGCGUCCGCAGCACCACGGCUCCUGCCGAGAUCGCCACUCCCUCGAAGACGCCUGCACCUGCCGCGCUUGCCUCGGACCGCAUGGUCUCUGCCGAGUCGCCCGCGCCCAAGGCUGCCGCGCAGCCCGGUGCCACCGUCGAGAGCCUCCUGGCCCGCAUGCUCGGCGGUGCCCGACUCAACUAA